GCUCGACCGGUCACCCCUUCCAUCCCAUGCAUGUGAGUAAUUCUUGUAAGCCGCAUAUGAAUAACACGGAGGAGAAAGCGAAGGCAUUCUGGCUCCAAUGGAUUCACUCCAUUCUAGAAUUGGCGGCGGCUUUGGGAAAUAGGUAAAUCAUUAAACCCUCUUCAAAACCCAUUUGCCCCUCUUCAAAUAAGGAGCCGGCUGCUCUCCAUUUUAGAGGAGAAACUCCUCUAUGCUUGGAGAGGAUCCAAGUAGCCACGACUUGAAAAUCAAGGCUGCUUUUAGAACAUAUGCUUAGAAAAUUCAGUGAUUCCUGAAUUUUAUGUUUAAUAUGAUAUCCAAAGGCCACGCUUUGAUCAAGCUCCGUUUCUUAUUCUUUCCCGGUAAUUUGGUUGCCAAAACUUCUCUAUUCGUUUGGCCCGCCACCUAUUCGACGAUAUGUCCAAUCCAAGUUGAAAGAGAAGGAAAAGAAAUUAUAGACCAUCCAAAGGACUCUACUGAAGUUUUGAGUAACUGGGGAUGUAGUGACAGUGAUAUAUCCAAGAUAUUUGUCCGCAGGCCUUCUUUACGCAAGGCCGACGUUGCGCCCCUUCAAUCCAAAAUUAACAUUCUAAGUGGCUUGGGCAUUAAAGCUCCAGACCUUGUGAAGAUCAUCAAUUGUCGCCCCCGGUUUUUGGGUAGUCGAAUCAACCAUAACUUUGACGAGCGACUAGAGUUUUUCAUGAAAUUGUUUGAGACGAGGGAAUUGCUCGCUAAAGCCAUCGUUAGGAACCCUUCACUCUUGACGUAUGACUUUCACAAUAAGGUCAAGCCUGCUAUUUCGCUGUAUGAAGAGAUGGGCGUGAGUGGAAGGGACUUGAUUGUUAUGCUCCUGUCCCGGCCCACGAUGAUACCUCGGACUUCAUUUGAUGACGAGAAGAUGGAAUAUAUACGCAAAACUGGGGUUUCCAAGGAUUCUAAGAUGUAUAAAUAUGUUGUUACACUCAUUGGCAUCUCACGCCAUGAAACAAUCCUUCGAAAGGUGGCAAAUCUUGAAAAGUUUGGGUUCUCAGAAGAGGAAAUAUUCAGUCUGUUUGGAAGGUCUCCCUUCAUGAUGACACUGUCGGUUGAUAGGGUACAGAGGAAUAUGACUUUCAUUUUGGGCACGGCGAAGCUUUCUGCUAGCGUCGUCCUUAAGUAUCCAUUUCUGUUGUACUCUAAUCUAGAGGCUGUGUUGAAGCCCCGAGUACUUCUUGCAGAGAAGAUACAAGACAUGGAUCUUAUUUUGCAGAUCAAGGGACCCACGUUGCUGAGGGCACUGAGGAUGACAGAGAAGAGGUUUUUGAAGGCGUUUGUUGAGUGUCACCCAAAGGAUGUUGCCGAUGAGUUGAUGGAGUUCUAUAGAAAUGCAAAAGGCGUCAAGCGAUUGGCAGAAGCCUCAAAGAAAAGAGUUACUGAAGGAUUCCCUUUCUGAAGUUUUGCCCUGCCAGGUGCUCUGUUUUUAGCCCCCAAAUUCAUUUUAUUGUGCCUACCUUCCGAUAUCAUUCUCUUCCAUGAUUUGAGCCAUUUUUUUGCACAAUGACUGCUACAAGUCAUACUUUGGGGAUACAUAUCCGUUAGAUGCAAGUUCUUUCUGUCAGGUGGCUAAUGGACGACACUCUUAUGAGAAUGAUUGUUAUGCUGCAAAUGGUGUUCAGAACUUAAUUUUAUUGGUCUAAUAUCUAACUUUUGUUUGUUGUUCUGUGUACAAAAAUGAAAGGAAUAGAAGGGUUUCAUGAAUUCUAUAAGUA